GACAAUUUAGGAACCUUCAUGGAUCCUAAUUUGUCAAACACUUCGCGUAUUAAACAAUUUUUCUUUUUUAUUAACCCAGAAUCCCGGAAAAAUUCCUUCUUAGGGGAGUUCUGGAAGAUUUCUUCUGGAUUUUUGGCUUAGGAUUUGUUAUUUUAGUUUAUUCAAACAUUAGCGCGGAAAGUGCUUAAAGGAACCUAGUUAGGGGCUCAAAAUGUGGUGAAAAUCUGCAUUUUUGCAAGAGGUCACCAAAAAGGAAUCUAAUCCCAGAAAUUCCCAGGAAUGGAAGAGAUUGAGAUUAAGACUGAACAGGAAGAAGUUUUCCUGGAUUAUUCAAUUGUCAAAGAAGAAUACGAUAUUCAGGAACAGGAAGCUGGGCAAGGUGCUCUUGUCAAGGAAGAAGAGGAUCUUGAAGAUCCUCUUCGUAUAUCCCAAGAAGAUUGUGUUCAGGAAGCACCUCAGGCACAGUCUCCAGAAGAUCAGGAAGCACCCCAAGAGAAACAUCCAGAGAACACAGUUCAAUUUGUAAUUGAAGAAAUUCGCGAGAGGAAGUACAAAUGUCUCAUCUGCGGUAAAGGAUUCUACACAUGCGGCCAACGGUGGCAACAUAAGUCCGUUCACAUGACAGAAAGGAUCUUCGAAUGCGCCACAUGCGGGAAGUCCUUUGUGGACAAGAAUAAAAUCCGGACGCACAUGCAGACGCACCGGAAGAAGAGCCAUCGUGGGGAAAAUUGUCAUUUGUGCGGGAAAUUGCUGAAGAAUCGUGGAUCUGUCAUUGCCCACCUUCGGAAGCGUUGCCCCAAAACCAUCCGGGAGAAGAGCCACAAAUGCCCAACAUGCGGAAAGGGCUUCUACACGGCAACAGAGCUCAAGGGGCACGAGGAGAUUCACACAAAAGACCGACACUUUCCAUGCCAACAGUGUCCGAAGGAGUUUUCAAGCCGAUCAGGACUUGCUCAGCACAUCCGAUGCGUUCAUGUGGAGCAAAAGACAACCCUGUGCAACAUUUGUGGGAAGUUCAUGAAGCAAAGACUCCUCAAGAAGCACGUGAAGCUCGUCCAUUCGCACGAGGAGUUUCCCUGUAGUAGCUGUGAGAGCACCUUCAAAGCUCCUGAGUAUCUCAAGAUUCAUAUUAAGAAGCAUCACUCAGUGAGGGAUGAAGGUGCUGGGAAACGAAUCAAGGGAAAAGUCAAGAAAAGCCUGGAAGGUGUUGAGCCUGAGAUGGCUAAAAUCCAAUCGUCAGGAGAAGCGGAGCAAGAGCUGAAUAAAGAAAAGCAGGAAGACUGAAAUAUGUAAGGAUCACAGAACAAGAUGAACGCUUCUAGACCUCCUAGAAAAUCCGGAAAUCCUUGACUAAAGCAAGAAGAUCAAGGAUCAAAGUAGGAACAAAUAAAGGAAAAAAUGAGCAAAGGAUCAAAGACUCUUUAAGUCUGUCUUGUUGCAGGAAAAGAGCAGGAGUGGACGGUUUUCUUCGUUUUCAUUAUCACUUCGAUCCUGUCUCCUACUGAACUACUGAAUUUUCCUAAAGUCCGAUAUUCUUUAAAAGCCUCCUUAAAAAGAAAGAACCAGAAAGCUACAGUUCUGCCCACUUAACAGCAAGGGGGGAACUGUAAAAAAGUCUUCGUUAAAUCUAAAGAGAUCAGUCGUAAAGGCCGUAAAGCUGAAUUGAACAACAACAAAAUCCAAAUCAAUGAAUUAUUUAUUAAAACAAUUUUUUUCUUAUAAAAAAUAAUUUAUUUAAUAAAAAAAACUUAGUUAACAACG